UCACUUCAAUAAGUAGGCACUUUUAAGAGCAGGAUAAACAAAAAAAGUUGUUGAGAAUUUACAGAAUCAGGCACUUCUUAUGCAUUGUGGAUAUUACAGAGUUAUGAGGAACCCAUGAAGUAGAUCUAUUUACUCACACCAACUAGUAAGAUUUGCAAGAUGACUCCAAUGAAUGACAUAGAAGCAGCUGGACCAUGGGAAGACUGGAAGCAUAGCGUCCACCCGGCUUUGAUGUUCUCUUUUGUAUUUCUGAUCUGCUUGGAAGCCUGUUUGUGGGUCCGAGGUCAUGGACAGAAGAGGAGCCCCCCAGGUCCUUUUCCCUGGCCUGUUGUGGGUAAUGCCAUGCAACUAGGACAAAUGCCUCAUCUAACAUUUUGCAAGAUGGCACAAAUAUAUGGAAAUGUCUUCAAGAUUAAGCUGGGUACUCGUGAUAUUGUUGUCCUAAAUGGAGAGUCAACCAUCAGACAAGCUUUGGUGAAGCACAGGGAAGAAUUUGCAGGUAGACCAAACUUCUCCUCUUUCAAAAUAGUAUCCGGCGGCAGAAGUAUGGCAUUUGGUGCAUACAGCGAUUUGUGGAAAGCUCACAAGAAAAUUGCUCACUCAACCCUUAGAGCAUUUUCCACUGUAAAUACCGAAACCACCAGGCAGUUUGAACAACAUGUAGCAGCUGAAGUUAAAGAUCUUAUACAGGUAUUUCUUCUUCGCAGCACUGAUGGUAAGUACUUUGACCCUUACCAUGAGUGCACUGUGGCCAUCGCCAAUGUGAUAUGUGCAUUGUGCUUUGGUAAACGCUACAGCCAUGAAGAUGAUGAGUUUAAAGCUCUUGUAGGAAGGAAUGACAAAUUUGGGCAAACUGUGGGUGCAGGUAGCCUAGUGGACCUCCUACCCUGGCUACAGGCCUUCCCAAACCCAGUGAGAAGACUCUACCAGAGUUUUAAAGACUUGAACCUUGAGUUUUUUGACUUUGUAAAGGAUAAGGUCAGCCAGCACCGAGAGACCUACAACCCUGAGGUCACCAGAGAUAUGAGUGAUGCAUUUAUCGGGCUCAUUGAUCAUGGUGUGGGAGCUGGAGAGUUGCUUAGCAAGGAAUACGUGGAGAGCACAGUCACAGAUUUAUUCGGUGCUGGCCAAGACACUAACUCUACUGCCUUGACCUGGAUCAUUCUUCUGCUCGUUAAGUAUCCUCAUAUACAGAAGAAGCUACAGGAGGAGAUAGACAGAGUCAUGGGAGAGGACAGAGUACCCACUGCUGAAGAUAGAGCCAAGCUCCCAUAUGUCCAAGCCUUUAUCUAUGAGUCCAUGCGCUUCAGUAGCUUUGUGCCAUUGACCAUUCCCCACUCUACCACCUGUGAUGUCCUUAUUGAUGGCUUCUAUAUCCCCAGAGACACUAUCAUUUUUGUCAACCAGUGGUCUGUCAACCAUGAUGUGGACAAAUGGACAAAUCCCGACCAGUUCCAACCUGACAGGUUCUUGGAUGAAAAUAACCAGCUUAACAAAGACCUCAUCCAUGGAGUGAUGAUAUUCUCAGUCGGGAGAAGAAGAUGUAUUGGAGAUCAGCUUUCCAUGCUGCAGCUUUUUCUUUUCACCUCUAUUCUCCUUCAGCAGUGCUCCUUCCAUUCAGACCCAAAACAGGAGCUAACAAUGGACUGCAUCAAUAGCUUGGCCCUCAAGCCUCUUCCCUUUGGAGUAUCUGUGAAAGCCAGGAGACAGCUCACAAAUCAGGAGACUCUGGACUGAAAGCUCUUUCCUACAAGGUUAUCCUGAAAUAUACUUCUGUCUGCCGUUUGAUACCUUUACGGGAUGUGGAUAUGUUUCUAUAGAGAUUGAAGUACAUAGUAGUAUAUAUGUUUUAUUUUAAAUAGUACACGCCUUACAUCUCAUUAACUAAUAUUAUUAAAAACAAUCAUAUUUUAGAAAAUUACACAUUAAUUUACUACUAUGCUGCAUUUGACAUUUUAUUUGCUGUCCAUUCAAUGUAGUUAAUACAGUGCUCGGGUCACACACAUACUCCUACAGGUUCACCUUGUCUG